AUGCGAACAGGAUCAAAAGUCGCUCGACUAGAGGGAGAAAUGUUGGAGAUGCGCUCUUUAUUGAGGAAUAUCGGUGCUAAGCAAGGUGCUCAAGGGGAAGGAAGGGAACCAUGUUUCACUGCUCAGAGCAAUGAGCAGACCAUUCAAUCGUCUCCUCUCAUUGAAACCCCGAGUUUACCGAGUGCGAAUAGUGAUGUCACUGAUAUCAAUUGGUUAGGAAAAUCGCCGAUCGAAAUGGAUGUCAUCGAUCGUGGGAUCCUACCAAUAGCUACCUCGCAGAGCUUGAUGACAUUUUUUGCAGAAGAAUUGACUGAUUUCUUCCCACUUGUCCUGUUACCUCGUGACAUGGAAGCUUCUUUUCUCCGCCGGCAAAAGCCUAUACUAUUUCUUUCCAUCAUGGCAGCAUCCGCGGUCACUUUGGGUCUGGAUGUAGCGAAAACGUUACAUGAAGAAUUUCUGGCUACACAUGCUAGGUCAUUUUUCUUAAAUGGAGAGAAGUCCUUGGAGUUGAUACAAGCUCUUCUUUUGGCGGCGGUAUUUGAGUACCCCCCUUCGUCUAGGGAGCGCCUUAGACUUUGCCAGUUCACCCACAUCGCAUGUACCAUGAUUUUGGAGCUAGGUUUGCAUGUGCGCUUUCAGGAAAAGGACACAGAGCUUUUCAUCGAUGACAGAACAGCCCAGGCAAGAGCUAUUCUAAUUAGUUAUCACCUUGCUUCAAGUAUUGCAGCCAAAUCUGGCGGACUCAACAUGCUUCCACGGAACGAUUUUCUCAAAGAUUGCGCCGAAAUUCUUGAUGGCUCUAGAAAUGUUCAUAACCAACAAUUGGCAUGCUGGUUUCAACUUCAGAAAAUUAUUGAUGAUACGCUGAUGGCUUUCAGCGCCGAUAACACUCGUUACAAAUCUCCAGGUGAACGGCCUCAAUUGCAGCCAAUCUUGCGAUAUUUUGGGACCCAGAUGCGGUCUUGGGAAGGAAAAUUAAUCAAAGAAACCACGACUAACUGGAUGAUGCUGGAGUAUUACUAUACACAAGUUGUGGUAUACGAAGCCGCAAACGGCGAGGCUUUUCGAGAUCCUGACUCUUUGAACCGCUAUUUUUACAUGCUUCCCCCUCUCGGAAACGGCCAUCAGAGGCCUGGCUCAAAUCCACCUCUGAAUGCUGCUUGGGUAGAUAUAUCAGCGAAGUGGAUGGACGCUGCUCAGGGCCUUUUGAAUGCCUUUCUCGCAAUUGAUAUUCCUCAAGUGCGAAAACUUCCUGAGAGAGUUUUCUCCCGAGUCUUUGCUGCCAUCACAUCUCUGUUAAAAAUAUAUGACACAGCCCGCCGCACGGCACUGGGCACGAUUAUCCAACUAAACAGUGUGGUAAUAUGGACCUACAUUGACUCCGUCACGCAAAAUCUUUUUCUUGCUGGACUCGAUGGACACUAUAAGGUACCUAGUCGAUGGUACCGUAUAUGUUUGAAGAAGCGAGAAUGGUUCCAUGGGCUAGAAGCAGAAGAUCUGAGACGAUGUGACUCACCGUCGCUGCUCCCGCUCCAACAUAGUGUUACAGGUAUGGACCAGGCGCCUAGUGCACCAGAGUCUUUCAAUUCCUUUCCUAUCACAGGGAGCUGGGCGUCAGGCUUUAGAAAUGAAGUAAGAGCACCAGUAUAUGACAUAGUAAACGGGGCCAUGGCCACAACUUUGUCUACUCGAUUCCCUUACGCAGAUUCGUCAAUUAUGGAGGAGACACAUUCCAGGGUACCCGAGUUUCGGCAUGGGCAAUGGCAGUGA